AUGGCUAUGCAGCCUAUGCAGCAAAUGGCGCCCGCGGCGUUCGCGAUGAUGCCGGCGGAGGCCUAUGCGAGUAUGCAGCAGGGGAUGCACCCCGAGAUAAUGCAGGGCAUGCCGAUGCAGAUGGUGAUGGGGCCGAUGGGACCCAUGAUGGCCGCCGGCCCGAUGCCGCCUGGCAUGAUGGCGCCCGGCGCCAUGGCGGCGCCGCAGCUGACGCAGAUGCUGGUGGACGCAGCCCGCGGCGGCCGCUCAUCCAACGUCUUCUUCAAGACCCGCAUCUGUAACAAGUGGCGCAACGGCUCGUGCCCGUACGGAGACAAGUGCACGUACGCGCACGGCGAGCACGAGCUGCGCUACGUGCCGCCCGAGAUUGUGGCGCAGCUGGAGGCGCAGCAGAAGAUGCAGGACUCGAUGCAGCAGCGGCAGGGCGGCGGCGGGGGCGGCGGCGGCGAGGGCCCCGAACAGCGGCCGCGCGGCGAGGAGAUGGGCGGCGGCGGCGGCGGCGGCGGUGGCCCCUGUGGCCCCGGCGGCCCCCCGGGGGCCAUGAUGGGCGGCGGCGGCGCGGGCCACCAGUCCUUCUACAAGACCCGGCUGUGCAUCAAGUACAUGCAGACGGGGUACUGCCACAAGGCCGCCUCCUGCACCUUUGCGCACGGGUACGAGGACCUGAGGCAGCCGGGCGCGCCCAUGUCGCCGGGCCGCAUGCCGCAGCAGGACCCCAUGUCGCCUGGGCGCAUGGCGGGCAUGGCGCCCGCGGGCAUGCACAUGGUGCCGCCCGGCAUGAUGGCGGGCAUGCCCAUGGGCGCGGGGCGCGGCAUGCCCAUGGGCAGCCCAGGCGGCAUGCCCAUGCCGGUCCCGCUGCCCAUGCCGCCCGGUGCCAUGCCCGGCGGGGGGCGCUACCCGGGCCCGCAGCAGCAGCAGCAGCAACAGAUGCAGCGGUCGCCGCGGGGAGGUGGAGGCUACGGCGGCGGCGGGCGCAAGGAUCCCGCGUCUGCGGCCCGCCGCCGCGCCGCCGCCAUGUGCCAGGUGGCGGGUGUGGGCGGUGUGGGCGCAGAAGAGCCCCACCCAGCGGCCAUGCAGGCAGCGAUGGCGGAGGUGCGCAGCGGCGCCGCCUUCCGCGAAAGCGCCUACGCCGACUCUGUGGCCGACUACGUGCAGGGGCAGGCCUAG